UUCUUAGGCAGCGGCAGGCGCCGGUACUGGGCCUUGUUGGAUCGCCGCCGCCGCCGCCUCCUCUUCCUCCGCCCGCCCCGAAGCGCAGCCGCCGCCGCCAGCCCCGGAGCCGGCCCAGGGAGAGCGAGGCGAACCAUGCCGGGCGCGCUCCGCGAAGAGACGGCGCAGCUGCUGGGCGACUACGUGCAGCACCGGCUGGGGGGCGCGGCGCCGCUGCCUCCGCCGAGCCGCACGGCCGAGACGUUGCGCCGGGUGGCCGACGAGCUGGAGAGCCGCGAGCGCCUCUUCUUCCGCAACGCCUGCAGCGCCGCCGCUUUGCCCGAGCCCGGCGAGGCGGCGGUGGUUUUGCUGGGCCGGGUGGCCACGCAGAUGGAAGCCGAAGGCGGCCUGAACUGGGGCCGGGUGGUGGCGCUGGUCGUGUUCGCCGGCAACCUGGCGGCGGCGCUGGCCGAGCGGGGCGGCCCGGAUCACAGCGGCGCGCUGGUGGAGGCGCUGGCCGCCUACCUGGCCGAGGAACGGCGGGACUGGCUGGAGGCGCACGGCGGCUGG